CAACUUGACAAACUAUACAAAUUAGAAAAAAAACUUGCUUGUACUGCUUGUUAUAAAACUUACUAUGAAGCUCUUAAUCCAAAAGACCCCAGAAGUCAGGAAUAUUAUGAUACAGGACUUG